AUGGCAGAGAUUGAAAGUUUAAGUGAACAUGGGAGUUCAAAUGAAACAACUAACACUACAUCUAUCAGUGAAAAUUGUUCAAAAAAAAGGAAAACUAUGAAGUCUGGAUCUAUAGUGUGGGAACACUUUGAAAACUUCACUGAUUCUUAUGGAGAAACAGGAGCAAAGUGUAAGUACUGUGAUAAGUGCUAUGCUGCUCAUACAAUAGACAAUGGUGCAUCCACAUUGAUUGGUCAUAUGAUAAAGUGCGCGAAAUUUCCCCGUAACAUUGAAACUAGGCAAACACAACUAGGCUUUCAACUAAUUUCAGGUGGCCCAAUAGUUGAGGGAAAUCUUAAUCCUUGCGAAUUUGAUCAAGAACUUUGUAGCAGGGCAUUAACUCGGAUGAUAAUAGUUGAUGAGCAACCUUUUAGUGUUGUUGAAAAGGAAGGUUUUAAGAACUUUAUGGAAGUCCUACAACCUUAA